GGGAACCAAACACCAGAUAGACGACGGAUCACUUCUUCGAUAGCCGGCGACGAACUAUCCGAUCCUACGACAACCAUGCCUCGUGAACGUUCCUUCAUCAUGAUUAAGCCCGACGGAGUCCAGCGAGGACUUGUCGGCGAAAUCAUCGCCAGAUUCGAGAAGCGUGGUUUCAAGCUGGUCGCCAUGAAGUUCGUCCACGCUUCGAAGGAGCACCUCUCCAAGCAUUACGCCGACUUGGCUGGACGUCCUUUCUUCAACGGACUCGUGGACUACAUGUCUUCCGGACCUGUCGUUCCCAUGGUCUGGGAAGGUACCGACGUUGUCAACACCGGCCGAACCAUCAUCGGCGCGACGAACCCCCUACAGUCGGCCCCCGGAACCAUUCGUGCUGACUACUGCAUUCAGGUUGGUCGAAACGUCAUCCACGGCUCUGAUGCGGUCGCCUCGGCCGAAAAGGAAAUCAACCUGUGGUUCAAGCCUGAGGAAAUCGCUGACUACAAGAGCUGCGCCGAGAGCUGGAUCUACGAGGACUAGAAGCUUUAGGACUUUGUCAAACAACGAAUAAAGUAACUUAUCAUUUGGACCACGAAGCCUCACUGAAGGCAA